UUUUGACUAACAGGACAUUUGCACAACGACAAGAGCACAAUAUUCGAUUUUCAGCAUUGCAUGGUCAGUUUGGUGUCAGAAUUCGUUGAGAUCAAAUUUGGUGAGCAUGAAGAGAAAGCGGGCCCAGAACGGGCGACCGAGAUCGGUCAAACUAUCGCUGAAUUCGGUUCUCCGGGAUCAAUAUCGCGCGAAUUUUGUGGCACAAGUCACCAAUUGGUGCCACACAGCCACCGUCAUCACCGUUUUGGCGUCAUUGUUGUUUCUCUUCGAGAACAACCGAGCAUUCGAUGAAGAUAACCAUGACUUCUUCAGAGGCAAUGGAUACGAAUUGAUCAAGGAUUGCUUCAAGAACAUUUUGAACGAGAACCGACACAAAUUGCCGUUGGCCUUCCGCCAAAUAAUCGAAACAGCAGUGCCGAACUUCCGAUGGCCACAACGUGAAGGCAUGGGAAACGCAUUCAAUCAGCUCAUUGAUCAAUACACCACCAAUGUCAAGAACAACAUCAAAACGUAUAGCUACACCCGUAUCAAAACGUUUUUCGUGCUGCAACGGUAUGAGCUCAAUUUGCUUGGCCAUAACAUCAGCGAUAUCGAUGUGAAAAAUGCCACCAAAGCAGUUAUGUUCAACAACAUAGUGCCAAGUGCGAAUGUGGAGCGGCUGCUCGAGCAAGCGCGUAUGAUCGGAAUACCAGUCGGUACGAAGUUGUGUGAUCUCGUUCGUGGUAGUUGGUUCCAGACGAUACCGAUAUUCAUCACCAUUCAACGGCUAGUGUUCAACCACCAUGAAAGAUACGAGCUCUUGAAUGAUCUCUGGCGCCGAUAUCAUCGGGAUCGAUUGCACAACGCCAUGCCAUCCAUUGCACGCCCACCGAGAAUAAAAAACUUUCGUGUGAUUCCGAUUCAUGACUUCAAGAUGAAGCACAUCCGGAUCGAUAUUCACCUGUUCUAUCAAAUGGCGUGCAAAUUGGGUGCCAUCAAGUUGGCAAAAGGAUUGUUUGGCCAGCCGGUUAACAUUUCGAAAAAGGUCUACGACAGCAAUCCAUUUGUGUCCUGA